AUGUCGACAACAAUAGGCAGCUUCAUAGCCGGCGGCAUAGCAGCCUGUGGCGCCGUCACAGUCACCCAUUCCUUCGAGACGGUCAAGAUCCGACUCCAACUGCAAGGCGAGCUCCAGGCGAAGAAAGACGCGCCCAAGAUGUAUCGAGGCGUGUUGCAUGGUGUGAAUGUGAUUUACAAGAAUGAAGGCAUGCGAGGCUUAUUACGAGGCUUGAGCUGUGCCUACAUCUACCAAAUGACCCUCAAUGGCUGCCGUCUGGGCUUCUACGAUCCCAUCCGCACCUCCCUCAACUCACUGGUACUAGAACACGACAUCUCCCACACCUCAGACGCGCGGAUAAAACAGUACCAAAGCUUACCAGUCAACAUCGCCUCCGGAGCCUCUUCAGGAAUCCUAGGAGCGGCAGCCGGAUCGCCCUUCUUCCUCGUCAAGACAAGAUUACAGUCAUACUCCCCCUUCCUCCCAGUAGGAACCCAACAUAACUACAAGAACGCCUGGGAUGGCCUCUCCCAGAUCUACAAGUCAGAAGGCGUGCGAGGUCUGUAUCGCGGAGUCUGGCCAGCCAUGAUCCGGACGGGGUUUGGCAGCAGCGUCCAACUACCCACCUACUUCCUAGCCAAGCGCCGACUACAACACUGGUUCGACAUGAAAGAUGGCGCACCCCUGCACUUACUCUCUAGCACCGCCUCGGGCUUCGUAGUCUGCGUAGUAAUGCACCCGCCCGACACGGUUAUGAGCCGGAUGUACAAUCAGACUGGAAACCUCUACACCUCCGCCUUCGACUGUCUAUACCGGACUGUGAAGACCGAGGGCAUCUUAGCGGUGUACAAAGGCUUCUUUGCACAUUUAGCACGGAUACUGCCACAUACUAUUCUCACUCUGUCUUUGGCGGAACAGACGAACAAGUUGAUGAGAAGGUUCGAGGAGGGUACGCUUGGUAUACCUGACAAGACUCGGUUAAAGACGGCAUAG